AUCAAGCUAAAAUUACUAAUAAGUUGUUAGGUAUUACAACUGAUAAUGCACAAUCUAUGAUAGCUGCAGGGCGAGAGCUUAAACAAAGUUUAAAUAAUCACGAAUUAGUUCAUCAACAAUGUGCUGCGCACAUACUUAAUAUUGUUGUACAACAUGGAUUGCAGUUAGUAUCGUCAGUUAUAACAAAA